GGUUCAUAAUACACUAGAUGCAGGCUACAUUACAUUAGCAAAUACAUCCUUAUUAUAGUACACUGUUUAACAUAAUAGACUAAAAUCUGAGAGAGAGAGAGAGUGUUCUGUAUUAUAUACAGUAUAUAUUAAUGUGUGGUUAUCAUGUGUUAUUGAUAGACUAUUGAUUUGGACUGUUUAUAAGCACAGCUCCCCGUAGGCAAGGCUCAUCAUUAAAAUGAUGCAAGCUGACGCUGAAGAGAAACCGGUUGCACAGCUAAUGUACGUAUUUUAGGCAUCUUUCAGCUCAUAUAUAAGAAGUACAGACACCUACUGAGAGAGUGAGAGAGAGAGAGAGAGAAAGAGAAAAAAAAACAUUGUGCAUUGGUGGCUGGGUGAAGAAUGACGGAAUAUAAGCUGGUGGUGGUCGGAGCUGGAGGCGUUGGAAAAAGUGCUCUCACCAUCCAGCUCAUCCAGAACCACUUUGUAGAUGAAUAUGACCCUACUAUAGAGGACUCGUACAGGAAGCAGGUGGUGAUUGAUGGAGAGACAUGUUUGUUGGACAUCCUGGACACAGCAGGUCAGGAGGAGUACAGCGCCAUGAGAGAUCAGUACAUGAGGACAGGGGAGGGCUUCCUCUGUGUCUUUGCCAUUAAUAACACCAAGUCUUUUGAGGACAUUCACCACUACAGAGAGCAGAUAAAGAGAGUGAAAGACUCCGAGGAUGUUCCCAUGGUGCUGGUGGGAAAUAAGUGUGACCUGCCAUCCCGCACAGUGGAUACCAAGCAGGCUCAGGAUUUAGCACGUAGCUAUGGAAUUCCUUUCAUCGAGACCUCAGCAAAAACGAGACAGAGAGUGGAGGAUGCCUUUUACACUCUGGUCCGGGAGAUCAGGCAAUACAGACUGAAAAAACUCAGCAAAGAAGAAGAGACGCCAAGGUGCAUCAAGCUUAAAAAAUGUGUUGUGAUGUGAGUGGGGGGGUAGAUGAUGCCUUUUAUACUUUAGUUCGGGAAAUCCGGAAGCACAAGGAGAAGAUGAGCAAGGAAGGCAAGAAGAAAAAGAAGAAGUCCAAGACAAAGUGUAUACUAAUGUGAAUAAUGCCUCCGUUUCAGUAUCGACUCUGAACAGCUGAAAUAUUAAGGAACUGCAUUUUGUACAUUACACUAAAUUAUUAGCCUCUUCAGAGUACAGAAUGGAUCCCUAUUUUCCUUCAUUUGCUAUCUUACAAACAAGCUCUUCCUUGUCUAGUGCCAGAUGCCCCAAUGUGUUGGUCCUGAAUUACUUUGUAAUGCCGAAUUACAGCCAACAAUGAAAUUGUGUUGCCGAUAGAUUAGAUACAUUUUUCUCUGGGUAUUUUUCCUCCAUACUCACCUAGAGCUUGUGGUUUAGCAGAUGGACAGAGAAUAGAAGCAACUAGCUUUCUGUGCUGCAGAAUCCUAAGGAUUAAUGAAUGUUUCAGUACGAGUUAGAUCUGUGGAGGAGUGUUUUGUGCAGUAUAAAUGAAAGGACAUCCAGUUGAAUAUUGCAGUUUGCCACACAUAAUACUAAUAGCACAGUGAACUUUGCAUAUAAGUAAGUUCCUGUUCCAUAUUCAAUUUAUUUCAUUUAAUAUUGUACAGGAUUGACCCCAUCAUUCUUCAAUCUGAUUUGGUUAUAUGAUGUAAUGAACAGUAUAUAUCCUUAUAUGAUAUUCCUAUGUAGGACCAACACUAUUUGGGGUAAUAUUUUGAUAUCUCCACCACUGUGUAACAGAUGGUUUGCCUAUCUGGGAUGUCAGAUUUAUAUUAACCUGCAUGUGAACGUCCAUUGUAGUCAACUUUGAUAAUGUGUGUGGAUGGUAACCUCUUUAACCCCGAUCAGCGUUUUCAUUUGCAUGCUGUUCUUUGUGUAAUUUCCUUAGAAAGGCAAGGAAAUGUUUAAAUACUGUGUUUAAAACAGGGCCCUGUUUUCCGGGUGGGAAAAUCCUUACCCAGUCGAGUGUUUUGGUUUAUUAUUUUUUUUUCCUUUGGAGACGUUUCUUACACAGUGUUCUGUUUAAUUUAAUGAUUGUCCACAUUGAAUUAGCAUAGUGAUUAAUGAUAAUAGCUAGAAUUUAAGACUAAAUGCUACACUAGAGUAAAAAUCGGUCUAGAUGGUGGGUUUCCCAGUCUUCUUCUUAUAGUUUGUGAUUAUUGAAGUUGUAAUGUUUGAGCAUCCAGCAGAGGCUUUUUAAGGAUGAGUCUGUUCCGCAGUAUGUGAUUUUUUUUUUUCCCCUGUUGUGUCCAGCCAAAUGCUUUUUUUUUUAAAUCAAAAUAUAACCAACCACUAAGAAUAAUUUCAGUAAUAGUAUUGAAUAUUGUUUCUCUACUGAUCAGAAAAAUUAAACAAAGGCCAACACAUGACUUAUGCCUCAAACAGCUGCAUAAAUGCCGUUGUAGGGAGACACAACUGACAGCCCAACACUUCUGCCUUUUUCUUGUUAAUUUAAACCCAAAAGGCUGGUGUGUAAAACAAAAUGAAGGUCAAUGCCGACAAAAACAAAUGUAAUUUCAGAGAUCUGUUAAAAACAGCGUUGCCUUUUCGUAUUUAUCGUUUUGUUUUUUUCUCUCUCUCUCUCUUGUAAUCACAGAUCCUUAAUCAGUGCUUUUUCAUUUAUUCCAUCAUAUUAUAUGAAUGAAAUGGCCUGGUCUAUUACUAAUGCUGCAUCUUUAAAGAGGCAAACACAUUAAAAUAAAUAAAAAAAACUUCAGGAUAACUGUUAUUAUGCAAUGUUAAUCCAGGUAAAGGCUGUUUUAAGCUGUUCUGUUACCUCUGUCCCAUUAAGAUAUGGUAACUUGAUUUCUCGCUGUAAUCAAUUUAGCCGUCUUUUUUUUUUUUUUUUGGUGUCUCUCCCCAUCGCACUCUUAUUUUGUCUCUCGCUCUCUCGCUCUCUCUCUCUCUCUCGCUCUCUCUCUCUCUCUCUCUCUCUCUCUCUCUCUCUCUCUCUCUCUUUUGUUUGUGGUGUGCCAAUGGAGAAAGUUCUUAAAAUACUUCAUGUAUACCUGGAGUGUAUUUUAACAACCUUUGUACAGUUGUGAUACAGAAAGAUGCAUAUUUUGUAAAUUGUGCUUUAGGUGUUUUUUUUGUUUUGUUUUUUUGUUAAUAAAUGUCACUUUAAUAGA